CUGGGUCAGGAGCACUGACUGGAUGAUGAUUGAGAGGAUGUGACCUGAUAAGGGAUCUCUGCUUGGGACUGCAUCAUUGUUCUUGCUUGCGCUGCUGGGAGGAUUUUGGCUCCUCCUGUUUCUCUUCCCAGAUAAAAGCACCGCAGGGAUGUUGUACCUCAGGACUGACCCUCACAGGCUGUGAGAUGGCAGUGGCAGGUACCAAUCUGACAGGUCAGAGAAACCAGGGAGAUGCUUCUCAUCCUUUGUUUUUGAGUUUGAUUGUAUAAAUGAGCAAGGUUACAAAGGGAUUUUUGUUUUCUUUCUUUGCUGGGAAAAGAUACCUCAGAGCAGAGUGGAAGCCUUUGGAAUCAGGAUUAGGAAAAAAGGGGGAGAAAAGAAAUCGUGUUUGCUUUGUCCCACCCGCAGCCCAUCCUCCCCUGAAAAAAUAACAAACUGUUACAAUUGCAUGAAAACAAGUGUGAGAUGUUCCUGCCGUGUGUGUCUUGGCACUGAACAGCACAGCUGAAUUCCACAGCCACACAUCUCCUUCCAAGCAUUAUAACUGUCCUCCUCCCUGAGGAGCACUGCCUGGAGAACUGCAUGGCCCCAAGCUCCAGGCCUUCAGAAAGGUGGGUCUCGUCCUGGCUCUGCCCCAGGCUUUUUGAGGAAAUGUCUCUUGAUCUUUCUAUAAAACAGAGAUUUUUGUCUUUUACCCCCUGAAAUGUCAUUUUAAUGCUCAAGCUCACCCCUAGUCCCUGUCAGAGGGUAGCAGUGGCUCUGGUUCUCUCUCCAUGCUUGUGAGUAUAAUAUUAUCAGUCUCAAGCAUUCUGGUGCUGAGCAGUUGCUCAAGUUCAGCAGUAUUAGACCACACAUUUUUAGUUCUCUGUAAUUACAGUUCAGGAGCCAUGGGAGCCCUUUUGGAGUGAGGGAGGCCUCAGUGAGAGGUGGCUGCUUACAAGGGAGGCUUUGCCCUGGCUGAGCUCUUGAGAGGCACCCCCAGGUGUUGCACCCCAUUCUUGUGGCUUCUAAUGGUGGCAGUGCUGUGACGACACCUGGAUGAUGGAGCAAAGUCCCAUGGCACAGGUGGAAGCUGUACCCCCGGGUGCUCAGGGACGUGUCUGUGAUGGACCUGUCCACCUCAGUCCUGGGACAGAGGGUCACCAUGCCCGUGUGUGUGGCUGCCACCGCGAUGCAGUGCAUGGCUCACCCCCACGGAGAGACGGCGACUGCCAGAGCCUGCCAGGCCGUGGGGACAGGGAUGAUGCUGAGCUCCUGGGCCACCUCCUCCAUCGAGGAGGUGGCUGAGGCAGCUCCGGGUGGCCUUCGCUGGCUGCAGCUGUACGUGUACAAGGACCGGGAGGUGACGGAGUCGCUGGUGAGGCGUGCGGAGAGAGCCGGAUACGGAGGGAUCUUCGUCACCGUGGACACCCCGUACCUAGGCCGGCGCCUCGCCGACGUCCGCAACAAAUUCCAGCUGCCCCCACACCUCAGAUUAAAAAACUUCUCGAGCAGGGACCUGUCAUUUUCCUCGGGGAAAGACAUUGGAGAAAACAGUGGGCUGGCUGUGUACGUUGCCGAGGCCAUUGAUGCCACCAUCAACUGGGAGGACAUCAAGUGGCUGCGGGGGCUGACCUCGCUGCCCAUCGUGCUGAAAGGGAUCCUCAGGGCUGAUGAUGCCAAGGAAGCUGUAAAGAUCGGGGUAAAUGGGAUCCUGGUGUCAAAUCACGGAGCACGACAGCUUGAUGGGGUCCCAGCUACUAUUGAUGUCUUGCCUGAAAUCGUGGAGGCUGUGGAGGGGAAGGUGGAGGUGUUCCUGGACGGUGGUGUAAGAAAAGGCACAGACGUUCUCAAGGCAUUGGCUCUCGGUGCCAAAGCUGUUUUCAUUGGGAGACCUGUCCUCUGGGGAUUGGCUUAUCAAGGUGAAGAAGGAGCAAAAGAAGUUCUCCAGAUGCUGAAGGAAGAGUUUCGCCUGGCAAUGGCAUUGACAGGAUGCCGGAAAGUAGAAGAAAUUGGCAGGACACUGAUCCGAAGACAUCAAGUAUUGUUUUCCAAGAUUUAGGUCUGAAGACUCUUGCUUUGUGUGUUGCCUGUUGUGCUUCCAGACAAAAUCCAACUGCAUUCCCUCUGUGGGCCUCCUCCUGCAAUCCCGACUGAGGGAACGCUCUGCUUCGUAGGAGAUCACUUGUUGAAGAAAGAACUCAAAGCAAAUUUUACAGGUGUUCCCAAAUCUCUUGGGCUCUUAAGGAGAGCUGGUACACUGGGAGGUGUGAUUAGAGAUGGGCCUUUAUCCAAGACCAGCAUAGAAACUUCAAUGUGUAUUUGCAAAUGCUGAUAAUUAAUUUCUAUGCCUGGGAGUAAUUUAGCUGUUAAAGUGAAACUAUAAACAGAAAUGUUUUGAUAGCAAACAGAAAUGCUGAAAUUUAAAAUGCAAAAGAUGCUUCUUGCUCACUGUUUAGAGAAACUAGACUGUGGAUUGUAGAGAUUAAAUCUUGCUUUCUUAUGAACAGAGUGUCCUUUCCCUAGUGACUUUAUAAGCAUCUGGGGCUUGUGGCACGUAGGCUCUAGGAGCCCAGAGGACUCUUUGUUGCAAGGAGCCAAAGAGCAAAGCAAAACUGGGGAAAUUCAGCUGUUUAAGUGGCACAAGCUCCCUUGCAGUCAGACAGCUGUUAUGUAUGUGCAGUGGAUGUACGCCAAAUCCUUGGCUAAUGCACAUCCCUGUAGCCCAAACUGUGCCAGCUGCAUCCACCUGGAGCUCCAAGAUACAUUUGUCACCUGGAUGGAUUUGCUAACAGUGGCAAGGGAAGGCUGAUGCUACCUGGGAGAGUUUGUAAAAUUUGCAGCCAUGUGCAAAAGGGAAACUUGAGUAAUUGAGGCAUUAACCCAUGACUUGGGAAGGGCCUAGUGGCUCUAUUGAGUUUCCAUGUACACUCCUAAGUCAGAUAACUUUUAGUGUUCUUCACUGUGCUUAUGAUGAGGAUGCAGAGACACGCAAGAUCUGUGCCUCUGUUCGCUAAACAAUCCAAAUAUCCACUGAAUUCAGGAGAAAUUUUGCAACUGUAAAGAACAAAGGAGGUAAGACUACACUGUUCUCGUCUUGGUUAAAACCAAGGGUAGCUCUUCACUUGUCUCACCUACCUUGCAGGUGUGGCAAUUUUACAGGGAGCAGGGAGAGGACACACAGGUUUUGAAUAUCUUGCUGUGAAAAUUUAAUGUUCAUUUUUAAAGAAGACUAAAAAAGAGAAAAAUCCCUUAAUUUCAUGGUUUGACUGACAUCACCAGCUUCACCAUUUGUUUCCCAUCAGCUUCGUGCAUUCUGGCUCUCCCACUUUGCUCACUUUGAAAUAUCCCUUAUUGAGCUUUAGAAGCAGCUUUGUAAUGAAAUGAUGGAAUAUUAGAAUGUGAACUAAAGCUGGGGCUGGAACUUGAAAUGGGGAGAAAACCCAAAAGGCCACAUGCUUCCCCUCCAGUUGUAAAAUUUGUACUCUUAUUUACUGCAGAAUGUGGUCUGUUGUGUGAGAGUUGCGU